AUGAACGCUACAAUCAGCCUAAACAUUACAGACAUCAACUUUCAGGUAGGAAUUGAUUUCCUUUUCUUUGACGUUAAGUCUUAUAGUCGUUUCAAAGGGAUCAAAUUGAUUCCGUCGGGAUGUCAUUUGUUGCAUAUAACUAACGUCUUGACCAACACUCGAAUAGGACGAUUUGUGAAUUUUGAGAAGAACGAUUUUGUGGAAAUGAGCUUUGAUCCUGAAACUGAAACAAUUGAAUUGAAGACAACAGAUAGGAUCACUACUGAUGAGCAAACUUAUAUAACCAAGAUGGUGAACUAUAAGAGUCAGAGUGAGGCCAAGGCACAGAUAAUCCAGUCACGGCUACUUAAUGUGGACUAUAAGAAGUUCAUUGAUAACGAUAAAAACCAAGUGACAUCGAAUGACCCUACACCGAUUGAAUCUUUGAAACUCGAUGAAGAAAUCAUGAAAAAACAUAGGCAAGACGGACGAAAGGACCACAAGUUCGUGGACAAAUUACUUCAAGACCUUGAGAAACUUAACUCGAACCAAUUAAAACUAAGCAUAAUAGAUGGUAACGAUAAAAGGACGUUUGUACGGGAUGGGAGUAAGGACCGGACCAAAGAUUAUCUUGAUAGAACGUGGUUAAUCAACAAAUUACACGGAGGCAGUUUUGAGGGGUUUAUAGAAGAGUUCAAGUUCUGUUUCUUAAUGACAAUAAUAAUCAACAACUACGGAAGCUACUUACAAUGGAAAACAUUGAUGGACCUUUUUCUCAAUAGCAUUGGGAUUCUGAAUCAUAAAACGGAGGAAUCGAAGGAGUUGAUGGAGAUAAUAAAAAUUCAGUUACAAGUGAUCACUAGUUUGCGUGUUGGAGAGGAAGAAGAGCAACCUAAAGGGGAAUUUUUCCAAGUGGACCUAUCAGAAUUGCAUAGAAGCUUCAAAGAGUGUUUACUCAAUAUGGACACUGUUGAAGAUGUUGGGUUGAAAUUCAGGUACAAUGAGAUCAUCGGUAUAUUAAAUGGACUGGGAUUGGACGUGUGUGAUGAGUUAAGUGAGGAAUAA